GCGAGAGGCAGGCUGGGAAGCGGCGCCAUAUUGGCGUCGGCCGCGGUGUAUUGUCAUAAAUAGAGCCGGUUUUGUGGUGUUUUCACUACUCACUUGGAUGCCUCAGCCGUAGUGAGAAAGUGAGCGAGCAAGCGAGCUACGAGCCACCAGAGGAAAGUGGACAGGGGGAGAAGGGAGCAACAACAACAGGACCUCAGAGCGAAAGAGACUCUCUGGAGAGGGAGACGCAGGAAGCGAUGAAAGAGAUGUCUGCAAACACUGUGCUGGACAGCCAGCGUCAACAAAAGCAUUACGGAAUUACCUCACCGAUUAGUUUGGCAUGUCCUAAAGAAAUUGAUCAUAUUUAUACACAGAAAUUAAUUGACGCCAUGAAACCAUUUGGAGUGUUUGAAGAUGAGGAGGAAUUGAAUCACAGGUUGGUAGUUCUUGGUAAAUUGAACAAUUUAGUAAAAGAAUGGAUUUCUGAUGUCAGUGAGAGUAAGAAUCUCCCACCUUCUGUUGUGGCUACUGUUGGUGGUAAAAUUUUCACAUUUGGAUCCUAUAGACUUGGAGUACACACCAAAGGAGCUGACAUUGAUGCACUUUGUGUUGCUCCAAGACAUGUGGAGAGAUCUGAUUUUUUUCAGUCUUUUUUUGAAAAAUUGAAACAUCAAGAUGGAAUUAGAAACUUAAGAGCUGUAGAAGAUGCCUUUGUACCAGUUAUUAAAUUUGAAUUUGAUGGUAUUGAAAUUGAUCUAGUCUUUGCAAGACUGGCAAUACAAACCAUAUCAGAUAAUUUAGAUCUAAGGGAUGACUCUCGCCUGAGAAGCCUUGAUAUAAGGUGUAUUCGCAGCUUAAAUGGUUGUAGAGUUACUGAUGAAAUUUUGCAUUUAGUGCCAAAUAAAGAAACUUUUAGACUCACCCUAAGAGCAGUCAAAUUAUGGGCAAAACGACGUGGUAUUUAUUCCAACAUGCUGGGAUUUCUUGGUGGUGUCUCCUGGGCAAUGCUGGUUGCAAGAACUUGCCAAUUAUAUCCAAAUGCAGCAGCCUCUACUUUAGUUCAUAAGUUCUUUUUAGUUUUUUCUAAGUGGGAAUGGCCAAAUCCUGUGCUGCUGAAGCAACCAGAAGAAAGCAAUUUGAAUUUGCCUGUCUGGGAUCCUCGGGUAAAUCCAUCAGAUAGGUAUCAUCUCAUGCCCAUAAUCACCCCUGCCUACCCACAACAGAAUUCUACGUAUAAUGUGUCCACAUCAACUCGAACAGUAAUGGUAGAAGAAUUUAAACAAGGUCUGGCAGUCACAGAUGAAAUUCUUCAAGGGAAAUCAGAUUGGUCUAAACUACUUGAACCACCAAAUUUCUUUCAAAAGUAUAGACAUUAUAUAGUAUUGACUGCUAGUGCAUCAACAGAAGAACACCAGCUGGAGUGGGUUGGACUGGUAGAAUCUAAAAUUCGUGUACUUGUUGGAAACUUGGAACGGAAUGAAUUUAUUACUCUUGCCCAUGUGAAUCCCCAGUCAUUCCCAGGAAAUAAGGAACAUCAUAAAGACAACAAUUACGUAUCAAUGUGGUUCCUUGGAAUAAUUUUUCGCAGAGUAGAAAAUGCAGAAAGCGUCAACAUAGACUUGACAUAUGAUAUACAGUCAUUUACUGAUACAGUAUACAGACAAGCAAACAAUAUAAACAUGCUAAAAGAGGGAAUGAAAAUUGAAGCAACUCACGUAAAGAAAAAACAACUUCAUCACUACCUUCCCGCAGAGAUUCUUCAAAAGAAGAAAAAGCAAAGUCUUUCUGAUGUCAGUCGAAGUUCAGGUGGACUUCCAUCCAAAAGAUCAUCUCUGGAUAGCAAUUGUCUGGAUAGUUCCAGAGACACUGAUAAUGGAACACCUUUUAAUUCCCCAGUGUCUACAAACAAAUUUUCUAAGCCUGAUAGCCCUUCUGCUGGAGAAACGGAAAGGAGUAUUGCUGAGCCUGCUGCUGUAAUUGUGGAGAAGCCACAGAGUAUCCCGCCAGCUCAAGGACUAUCCAUUCCAGUCAUUGGUGCAAAAGUUGACUCUACAGUAAAAGCUGUAUCAACCCCAGCUGUGUGCACCAUUCCUACUGUAGUGGGACGAAAUGUCAUUCCUAGAAUUACAACACCCCACAACCCUGCCCAGGGACAACCACAUCUGAAUGGAAUGUCAAAUAUAACUAAGAAUAUUACACCCAAGAGAUCCCAUUCCCCAUCCAUAGAUGGGUCCUCUAAGAGGUUGAAAGACAUAGAAAAGUUUAUUCGACUUGAAUCAACAUUUAAAGACUCCCGUGCUGCUGAAGAGAGAAAAAGAAAAUCAGUGGAUGCCAUUGGAGGAGAAUCUAUGCCUAUUCCAACUAUUGACACAUCACGCAAAAAGAGACUACCCAGUAAAGAAUUACCAGACUCAUCAUCACCAGUUCCAGCAAAUAAUAUCCGUGUCAUCAAAAACUCCAUUCGACUGACCCUAAAUCGGUAAAAGCAGUGCCUCCUCACUUAAGUGAGCAAGCAAUCAUUUGGUGGCAUAGAUAUAGCCACUGUUUUUCAAAUAGAAGUGGCUGUCACUCAUAAAAUAAGGUGAAAGUUACAGUCAUCAGCCUAACGACCUUGAAGUGGUUUUGAACUCUCACACUUUGACCUGCAGAUGCUGUAGCAUUCUCUCACUGAUUGCUACAUACACUUCUUUGAGGAUCACCUACUAUCAAAUUGUCAUCUACAGUAUUAUGGCUUUGCAUUUGGAGGUUUUACUGCCUUAAAUUUCAAUGCUUGUUUCUCUGUUAUGGGAACCAGUUCCUGGCCACUUGGACACUGAUAAAACAAGUCCUGAACUCCUUUUUUCUUCUUUUCUUUUUCUUUUCUUUUCUUUUCUUUUCUUUUAAGUCUUAUGUUGUAAUCAUUGUAUAGCGCUAAAAAAGUUGAAAACAAAAAAAAAUUGUCUUGUAAUUUUCUAAAUGUUAACACGUUUACUUUCUCAUUGAAGCCACUUUGUGAAACCUGAGAUGAAUGAAUGUGAGGUAUCUUUUCUGCUUUCCUCAUUUAUGUAGAUGUACUGUCUGUUCUGUUGAUUUAAAUUAUUUUUUCCAGAUUGGCACAUGGAAUAUUUAAACUUUUGGGUUUUUUGUGCCUUUCUGUCCAAAUGUUGCUUAGUUACCAGGGAGGAUUAGUCCAGUGAUUACAUGAGUUGGGCACCAUAAAUUCUCUAUAUUUUGCCUCCCAUGGAGGCCUUUGAAAUGCAUCUUUAUUAAAAAUCAAAAUAUAACCAGGAUACUGAAAGUCAGUAUAUGAAUGGUGAAAUUGUUACAUAUCCUAUCUGAUGCCAUUCUUGUUAGUUGACUGGUAUUUUUUACUGAGGAGCAACUCAUUCCAGCAUCAACAAUAAGAUACCGUUUAAGUAUGGCAAACUUGUAUUUUUGAGGUGUAAAAUUAACUAGGCAUGAUAAUUCCUGACCACCAUUAUUUACCCCACAACUUCAAACAGUUUCUUCACAGACUAGGCAUGCAGAAAUAAGCAGUGGAUUUUAUUGAAACCUAAAGGCAUUUUUGAAUGACAUUGUUACCAACCAUUAAUUGGCUCAGGACCUUUGUAAUUUUUAUUUAACUAUAUGAGUUAUCUUUUUUUACACUGCUUUUUUCAAUGCAUUUCUUAAUAUUUUUUAAGUUUCACGAACGCAUGCUCAGUUUAUUAAAAUCCAUAACCAUGUAAUUCUUGUAAUAUGUUGAUUCAGUGUUUUGUAAAUGAAGUCGUAUGUAUUUUCAGAGUAUUUUUGUAUGUACUGUAAGAUAUCAUCUUUUCAAAGAGAAACCUUUAAAACCUU